GAGAAACAUAGCCAAAGGAGGGGAGGGAAAAUAGGGAGAGGAUGAAAUUGGCUAUAUUGUUGGAUACGUCGGAAAAUAGGAUAGAAUAGAAAGUUUAGAAAGGCUCUAGGCUAGCCCUGACCUGGAACUAAUACUCCCUCAUAAGUGCUCCCGGUGGUUUGGCCUGGCCUGGUUUACCGGACCUGCGGAUGCUCAGUCGCCUGGGGUUCUGCAAAACUUCUGGUGCCGCCUCCCCCCAGCCUGCCCCCAGCCUGCCAGGGGCUGCGGCGCUUCUGUGGGUGGGGGAAGGUAGGAUUGACGCAGACCAUUGGCACCACAAUUGUGGUUGUACUCAUAAUGUAGUGAAAAGGCUAUCAGACAAAGAAGCCUGCCUGGCAAGCACAAGGUCGUGAGUUUGAUCCCCGGUACCAGAAAAAAAAUAAUCAGAAAGCCUGCGUUUCACUUUUGGAUCUGCUCUGCACCAACAGAACAAAGUAGAUUAAAAGUUGCAAAAUGGACAAGUUUUAGAAGGGCAGGGACCCUUGGCUGCUUAUUUAUCCCUAUAUCUCUGGAUGCCCAUGUACCUGGUGUAUGAUGACAACAGCAACACGGCAAGAAGUUCUUAGUCUCUACCGUAGCAUUUUCAGGCUUGCGAGGAAAUGGCAUGCUGCAUCAGGACACAUGGAAGACACCAUCAAAGAAAGGAAAUAUAUACUGAAUGAGGCCAGAACAUUGUUUCGGAAAAACAAAAAUCUCACAGACACAGACCUAAUUAAACAGUGUAUAGCUGAAUGUACAGCCAGGAUUGAAAUCGGUCUACAUUACCAGAUUCCUUACCCAAGGCCGAUUCAUCUACCUCCAAUGGGCCUUACCCCACUACGAGGCCGAGGAUUUCGAACUCAGGAGAAGCUGAGGAAACUUUCCAAACCAGUAUAUCUCAAGUCUCAUGAUGAAAUUUCCUAACCCAGAAGAAAGUUUGUGAAAAUGAUGAACCAACUAGAUCUUGAUGUAAACCAGAUGAGAUCCUUUUCUUCUUAAAGGAAGAAAUUCAGAUUUCUUCUUCAGAUCUCCGGAGUUAUUCCUCAUUAUGAUGCUGUUUACCUAGUCAUCCCAAGGGUUUGUCAGGGUCUUGUUGCUUGAGCACAUGACAUUCACCCUCGCAGUCAUGGACCAUACAUGCUCAUUGAGACCACAUUUGGAAAUAGAUUGAGGCCUGUGGGAGGAAGGCUAAUGAUGAUAAAACUUCGUGAGAACCUCAUUCACCGCUCACCAGCUUAAGCAAAAAAACCAGUCAGUUUCUGGAAGUGCUUAUGGCUACUAUAAUAUGGCUACUCUAAAACAUAUACCAUGCCCAGAAUAACUUUGAAGGUUUUUUUUCCCUCCAAGUUACAUAUUUUCUUAAAACUUAGUGUAGUAUGUGCUUUUAUUUUUUUGGAUGGUCUUUUGAUUCUCCCAAUUUCCAGAUAAACUUCUCCUUAAAAACACAUUUUUGAAUUGAUCACAGUUUUUCAUGGAAAUUUUCCAUGACAUCCAUUUCUUCUCUAUAUACACAAAAGUGCAUGCCUUAGUAAAUGUGUAUAUUUAUCUUACCUUAAAGCCUGUGAUUACCUAAGACGACCUGGGAUCUGAGAAAACUUCCAUGAAACUCAUACUGCGUUCAUUGGAUUUUACUUUAGCAUAAUUAAAGUACAAGGUCUGAGGUGGUUUUCAAAUUACAUCUAAAGAGAAGUGGGGCAAGUAGAGAUGAGAGUUGUUGGCAAGUUAUUUGUACAUCAGUGUUAUUACAUCUUAACUUCAAAUAGAGUGGGUAUUGCCAAUAAAGACAAAUCUCUAUCA